AUAAAUACGGUAUUCAGAUCGUCAUGCAAUUGGAAAAUAUAAUUUUUUAAAAAGAAUAUUCAAAUAAUAUUAUAUGCCAUAAAACUGAAACAAACAUCACUAAACGAAAGGUUUGGUAUGCGAAAGCUCGUGCGAUAUCAGUGUAAUCGCCGCUGCUUCUCGUAGCAGUAUUCAUAGGACUGGUGACAAAAUCAGUGCAGAAUUUUUAGUUGCGGCGUUAAGUGCGCCGCGCAUGCAAGUCGAAUAUGUAUAUAGUAAUUUUGCAAGGUAAUUUUCUUAUUUGAAGAAAUAUCAUAGUAUUCUAAAGUGGUAGUAAUUAGUCCUAUAUACUGUCUUUCACUCAACUAAAAAAGUGUGAAUCCACAUACAAUGUAACAUCCAAUAAAUUUAAUCGUUCACAGAACGUAAAAGAUUUUGUUCCUGGUACAAGGUAAUUUUUUAAAUCGAACGUCUUCAUCAACAUAAAAAGUGACGUACAAAUCUGCAAUUGAGCAAAAUUACUACCGCGAACUAAAUUUUUUAGUUUUCCGUUUAUGUCUUCAUAUGGAAAGCACGAUGUAGUCCAGAGAGGUCCUAAGUCUUCUACAACUUUUGAGGCGGCAGAGCAAAUGCAAGAGAUUUGAUGAUAUGAGAAUAAAAAAUGUUAAAAGUUUGGUUAUCCAAUAAAGUCAAGGGUCUAGAAUUUCAGUUAAUAACAGAACCAUAAAAUGGGCCAGUAAUAAUAUUGGAAUUAAGACAAAGGUUGCUAACACAUUAUAUUUAACGAGCUUUAUUGAUUUCUAAAAGAUGUAUGUACUUGAAGAAGAACCUUGUUUAAAUAUUCGCAAUGCAAGUGGACUGAUUUCAACUAAUAUUUUAAGGAAUAGUAGUUGUUUAGGUCACGCUCCUCAACUUACUUAUGGAGCAUAUCUUAGAGCAGUAGUGUUGCUAUCGAUGACGCUUUUGAGUUUUCUGGCAAAUCUUGCAACGAUUUGGUCAAUAAAAUCCAAUAAGAGAAAAAGUCAAAACUGCUCAGCCAUCUAUUCGCUUAUUCUUCAUCUCUCAGUGGCAGAUCUCUUUGUAACUGUUUUCUGCAUGGGUGGUGAAGCACUUUGGAGUUAUAAUGUAGCUUGGAUAUGGGGAAACACUGCCUGUAAAGCCUUCAAAUUUCUGCAGAUGUUUAGUCUUUACCUCAGUACUUUUGUUCUUGUACUUAUAGGUAUAGAUAGAUUUGUUGCCGUCAAGUAUCCAAUGAAGACUCUUAAUACCGCUAAGAAGUGCAAUCAGCUAAUCUCUUUUAUAUGGUUCAUUUCAUUUAUACUCAGUACACCACAGAUCAAUUUUCAUCAUAUUGACCAUGCACUUCAUAAGGAAAAAGAUCAGGAAAGCAUUUCAAAUCUAUAUCUUGUGUACGAUAGUCUAAAGCCGGCGCAAAAACUGUCAACAUUUGAUACAGUUGUUAUAUUUCAUGUCGCUCAAGGACCAUUUAUAGAAGACUUUUCUCAGUGUGUUACUCAUGGUUUUUACACGGAAGUCUGGCAAGAACAACUUUAUACAACAUUAAGUUUAAUUUUUAUGUUUAUUAUGCCACUGACUAUUCUGAUUACAACUUACAUGUCUACUGUCAUCACCAUUGCACGUAGUGAAAGGCUCUUCAAAUCUGAAUUGGCUAAUAGCAGUUCAGCUCAUAAGACUGGGGACGUAAAUAGAAGACGAUUAAUUCACAGGGCGAAAACAAAAUCUUUGCGCAUCAGUGUAGUCAUAGUGGUAGCAUUUGUGCUUUGGUGGACUCCUUACUAUAUUAUGAUGAUUAUAUUUAUGUUUCUUAACCCAGACAAACAUGUAAGCGCAGACAUGCAAAAGGGAAUAUUCUUUUUUGGCAUGAGCAACAGUUUAGUUAAUCCACUAAUUUAUGGAGCGUUUCAUCUCUGGCCGCAAAAGAAAAAUCGAAAACAUAGAGAGAAUUCAAUAAUGCAGUUGCGCAGUACGACAACGAAUGCCAGCCUGAUGAUGGAUCAUCGGAGUACCAAUGCGCGCUUUACGAAACAAACAAAGUACUCGCACAUUCAGACACAUGAAGGAUUGUCAGUCAACCAUGAUACUGUGGUGGUUCACUUAAUAGAAAACUCUGAGAAAAAUAAAUUUUGUGGCAGAGCAGCUAAAAUAAUUUUGCACUAUAACUUGCCUACUAAAUCGAAUUAAGAAAAAGUUACAAAGAAACCGCACUAUUUUCAUCAGUGAUGCAACAGCGCUGUGAAUUUUAGGCUUGAGAAGUAGUUACUAAUCAAAUACAAAAGAUCCCAUGUGAAGAAUCCGGCAACAGUCACUUGCAAUCUAAGUUUCUCUUUGAAGAAGCUACGUUAUAGUAUGAAUUAUAAUUUUGUUCAAAAAUAAGUAAUAAAGUGUUUAAAAGCAAUAAAAACUAUUUGAAAACGUG